UUUCCCGCCAGUUUUCUGAAGAUUUUGCCUGCUCGGUAUGUUUUCUGCUCGCGGUCCAACCGACAUCUCUUCAGUGUGGACAUACCUUCUGCCGCCCGUGUCUUGCUAAGUGGUACCUUGCGUCUGGGAAGAAACAAUGUCCGUUGUGUAGUCAAGCAUACCAUGGACAUCCGAAGAUCAAUAUCCAUAUCAAGAAUAUGAUGGAAAAACUCUGCCCCGAGCAGCUCACAGAGCGCGAGAAAGAUAUAGACAAGAGUUUGAAAGAUCAAGAAAUGAUGAAAAAGUUUGACCAAGCACUUCUCAAGGAGACCCGAAAGAUAUACAGCGUGAGAGCAUUUUGCCACGGAAUCACUUUCUCCGCGUUUGUAACUGCAUAUCUGACGUGGUAUUGGAGAUUAAGUGAGCGAAGCUCAUUCGCUGAGAAGCCUGUGAAGCUAUGGAAACCCCAUGACGUGAAAGCCUGGCUGGAAGACUUUACCUGGGCCCGGGAAUAUGCAAACAAAAGCAUAGAAAGCAACACGGAUGGAGGCAAGUUAUUGGCCCUGAACGAGGAAUCGCUGUUGGGGCUCUUUAAUGUAUCAGAACCCGCACACCAAGCUGCUCUUAUGUCAGCUGUUGCAAUACUUAAAGAACGAGAUGUCAAAAUGCCCGCAACACUUUGGGAAUAUAAGAAGCUAUUUCCUGGUCGGUGUCUGUUUCUUGCCCAUGGGAUGAAAGCAUUUCCAAGAGCCACUAUUUUGAGUCUGUGGAUGUACUUCUAUGAAGACAUGUUUGUACCUUUAGUGAAACUUACCACAGAUACAAUACAAACAGGCAUAGAGGCGGAGACUGAAAUCAAAACUUCUCAAUGGGUGAGCUUCGUGUUCUAUUCGCUGAUGCUGCCACAGUGGAUCGUGGUUACCGCAGCUUACCGGGUGAUAACGAACGACAGUUUUACUCUGAUGAUGAUAAUUAUGAACGCCAUCCUGAUUCAGGUUUUAGAGAUCCUAUGGAUGAAAUCUUUCUUCAGCGGUAACUGGGAAGAGAGGGACAUCACUCACAGUCUUUUGAGUUAUGGAAAGCACCUGUUGCUGGCCUUCACAUGUAUGGUUAUCUGGCCAAUCAUUCCCAGGUUUUUGUGUGACCUCGUAUUUUACUGCGCUUUGUAUAUACGGCCAUUCAUAAUGUGUAGAGCAGUAUAUUUAAAGUUGGGACUACCGAAUAUUCGAUUGCAGAUAAUGCGUUGA